AAAUAUCAAAUAUGAAUCGAUCGACUAUCGCCGACUUGUGUAAAACAGUGAACUGUGGUUCUGUGAAUAUUGACCAGUGUGAAAUAUGAAUUUUAAAACCUUUAAAAGAUAAAAUUAUUGUGUUAAGUGUUUUUUAAUACGUGUACAUAACUACCUAUCGGGUCUUUAAAAAUAAUCGUAUUUACAUACUUUUUAAAAUUAUAUGUUGGAAAUUAUUUGAUUUAUAUAUUUAAUAUGGACCGAUUUGAAUAUGCCAAGCCUGAUCCAACCGAGACCGUUUUAUGUCGUCACAGCAAUAUUACUUUGUACGAUGGCAAUUAUAAAACUUCGUUUCACCGUGGUAAUAUAAUUUUAACCGGUACACGUCUUUUCUGGACGUCUGGCGAUGCGUGGUUGUCUUUACAGCUUCGGUAUAUAGUAUACAUUGAAACUACAGUUACUGACACUUUAUUUGGUUCGAAAACUAAAACCAUCCUUGUUCAUUUAUUACCUUCUGAUAAUGAAAAUCCAGGCCCUGUUUCUUGUGCCAAAAGCGAGUAUAUCAAACUUGAUUUUAAGGACAAAAUUCCUGAUAGUUUUUUUGAUAUCUUUCAGAAGACUGUAAGAGAAAAAAUGUGGUCCGUUAAUAAGACUACCCGCCAAAUUCGAACAGGAAUUGGAGGGAUUGAAAAAAAUAUCUAUGAAAAACAAAAAGCAUCUGAUAUUAGUAUAACAGACGCUUUUAAAGACUUAGACAGACUUAUGAUUACAGCUAAAGAUAUGGUAGCAUUAAGUAAAAAUAUUUCUGAAAAAAUUAAAGAAAAACAAGGGGCUAUUAGUGAUGAUGAAACAGUGCGCUUCAAGUCUUACCUUUUAGGUCUUGGUGUUGAUGACCCAGUUACCAGAUCAUCAUUCACUGAUUCAAAUGCAUAUUAUACCACAUUAUGUAAAGAAAUAAUCAAAAUUAUUCAAGUUUCAUUAGAAGAAGUAGGUGGUACAAUGGCUCUUGCAGAAGUUUAUUGUCGAGUAAAUAGAGCUAGAGGAUUAGAUCUUUUAUCACCUGAAGAUUUAAUGCAUGCAUGUUAUAUGAUGAAUACUGACCAAUCAUCACCUGUAAAACUAAGAAAAUUUGACAGUGGAGUAUUAGCUUUACAAUCAUCUUUAUGUGAUGAGUCUGUUGUAUUGAAAAAAACUGUUGAAGCAUUACAAGAAAAUGGAUCAUUAAGUGCUCAAGAACUGUCAACGUUAAUUGGAGUACCUGUUGUAUUAGCUAAGGAGUAUUUAUUAUCUGCCGAAAAACACGGGAAAUCAUGUCGAGAUGAAAGUAUUGAAGGUUUAAGAUUUUAUCUUAAUAAAUUUUUAGAUUAAUAUUGAAUACAUCUAAAAUGAUAAUUUCCAAUUUUUAUUGAUCAAUAAUAGUAUAUUUUUAAUAAAAUCCUGACUAUAGAUAUUUUUAAAUAUGUAUAUAUUUUUUUUUACAAUUAGUUUAAAAUUAAAUAUUUAUAUUCAAUAUGAACAACUUAAUAUGUGAAAAACAAUGAGACUGUUAAAAUAUAAAAUUAUUAGAAAAUAUAUAGUUAAUGAAUUAA